CUACUCUCAUCACUAAAAGCCUAAUUAAGAGUUAUGGAAACCCCACCUUGCACUCGUUUCCUUUCAGCCCUUCUCUUUUCUCUAGCCUUCACUUCGAUAAACUUAAUCUCAGCAGCCAGGCCUGCCACCAACAAAGCCAGCACCGAGUUUAUUAGAACUGCUUGUGGUACAACAACUUAUCCACAGCUUUGCUUCACUUCCCUCGCUGCUCAUGCCAGUGUAAUACAAACAAACCCGAAACUUCUUGCAAGCACCGCUCUCUCUGUGACGCUCUCAACAGCACGGUCAACAUCAUCUGAUAUGUCUACUCUGCUGAAAAGACAUGGCCUGACGCCUAGAGAGGUUUCAGCCAUGCGGGACUGUGUGGAAGAGUUAAGUGACUCUGUGGACCAGCUUAAAAAAUCCAUGGGGGAGAUGAGCCAAAUAAAAAGCUCCAAUUUUGGGCUCAUGAUCAAUGACAUACAAACUUGGGUUAGUGCUGCUUUGACGGAUGAGGACACCUGUGCUAACGGGUUUACGGAAAAUGCCAUGACCGAGAAUGUCAGGACUGUCGUGAACGCUCGCAUAGUAAAUAUUGCACAUAUGACUAGCAAUGCCUUGGCUUUGAUCAAUAGUUAUGCUUCCCUCCACCAUUAGCCAACCUUAAAUUUUCCAAUUUAUUUUGUGUGUGAAUCCCAUAUGUAGCAGCAGGUUUCAAGUGGGUGUAUUUAGGGUCUUGUGUUGCUUGUUUGAUCAGCCUAGGUUGCUGCAACAUAUGGAAUGCUUGAUCUGGAGAUUGAUCUCACUGGUCUUAAAUGAUCAGUUAUGUAUUGUAUCAAGGGCACUGCCCUCAUUAUAGUAUGCACUAGAUGAUGGCUGUUCCACUUCCUUAUUCUAUAUCCAAACUGUUCAACACAUUUGUUGAGUUGAA